AAGCGCGUCACCACCACUUCCGGCGCGGCGGCUCCAAGAUGGCGGCGCUGGCGCUGAGGGGUUUGGGGCGGCGCUGCCUCCUGGCCCGGCUGGGGCCCGGCCCCGCCCUGCACCAGGCGAUCCCGAUGGCGACGACGGCGCGGGAGGAGAUGAGGAGGUUCUGGGAGAGGAACUCGCGCUCGGGGCGGCCCCUGUCCCCCCACGUCAGCAUCUACAAGUGGUCGCUGCCCAUGGCCAUGUCCAUCAGCCACCGCGGCACCGGCGUCGCCCUCAGCCUCGGUGUAUCCCCGUUUGUUUCCCAGGUGUAUACCUGUUCUCCAGGUGUAUCCCUGUUCUCCAGGUGUAUCCCCGUUUGUUUCCCAGGUGUGUCCCUGUUAUCCCAGGUGUGUCCCAUCCCAGGUGUAUCCCUGUUCUCCAGGUGUAUCCCCGUUUGUUUCCCAGGUGUAUCCCCGUUCUCCAGGUGUAUCCCUGUUCUCCAGGUGUAUCCCCGUUUGUUUCCCAGGUGUAUCCCCGUUUGUUUCCCAGGUGUAUCCCCGUUCUCCAGGUGUAUCCCUGUUCUCCAGGUGUAUCCCCGUUUGUUUCCCAGGGGUGUCCCUGUUUCCCAGGUGUAUCCCCGUUCUCCAGGUGUAUCCCUGUUUGUUUCCCAGGUGUAUCCCCGUUUGUUUCCCAGGGGUGUCCCUGUUCUCCCUGGCCGCUCUCCUGCUCCCGGAGCACUUCCCGCAUUACCUGGCUCAGGUGCGGGCCCUGAGCCUGGGCCCCGCCCUCAUCUGCUCGGCCAAGUUCCUGCUGGCCCUGCCCGUGUCCUACCACACCUGGAACGGGAUCCGGCACCUGGCCUGGGACCUGGGCAAGGGGCUGCGCCUGCCGCAGGUGACCCAGUCGGGGCUGCUGGUGCUGGCCCUGACCCUGCUCUCCUCCGCCGGCCUGGCCGCGCUGUGACAAUUCCCGGAAUUCCGGCCAUUCCCGCCCACUCUCGGGGAAGGUGACGCUUCCCCCCCCCCCCCAAAAUCCCGGGAUGAGCAGAGCUGCCCCUCCUGCCCCACCCCCCCCCGCCAGCAGCGCUCCGUGUCCCCCGGUGUCCCCCGGUGUCCCCGCGUGUCCCCGAGGCCGGGACAAUGCGGGAUCUGUGUCCCCACGAGUGGGAUUGGGAACGGGAACGGGGCGGCCGCGUGUGGGAUCGCAGCGGGACAAGGAGCUCCAUUGAGGCAGCGCCCCACGGGGGUGGGUGACAGGUGACAUCUCGCUGCCACCCCGCUGCCCACCCCGCUGCCACCCCGCUGCCACCCCGCUGCCACCCCGCUGCCACCGCUCGGGGUCCUCAAUCCCGUGGGAAUUCCAUGACUCAGCCCAAUUUUGGGGGGGGAAAUCCCCGGUUUUGCGGGUUUUCCCGGCGGGGAGGGGUUUGGCACCUCAGGUGUUGUCACCUGUCCCCUGGGGAAUAAAGCAGCUCUGACCCUCCA